CAGGGCUGCGGGGUGCGCGGGUGUGCGGGGCCCCGGGGAGGCGGGCGGGGCGCGGGCGGGCGGGGCCGCCGGCCGGGAGCCCGUAAAAGCGGAGGGAGCCGAGCGGCCGCAGCUCCGACCAUGGCCCGUCCGCAGCUCCCGCUGGCGCUCAGCCUGGCCCUGCUGGCCACCGCCUGCCUCCUGGCGCUGCCGCAGCGCGCCGCCGCCCGGCCCCGGGAGCGCCUGGUGGGCGGCCGGCAAGAGCUGCCUAUCGACGACCCGCAGGUGAAGAGGGCAGCCCAGGCGGCCGUGGCCAGCUACAACAUGGGCAGCAACAGCCUCUACUUCUUCCGGGACACGAACAUCGUCCGCGCCAGCAGCCAGCUGGUGGCCGGAGUUAAGUACUACCUGACCGUGGACAUGGGGAGCACUGCCUGCCGCAAGACCAUGGGGGCCAGAGACCAGAUGGACCUCACCACCUGCCCGCUGGCCGCAGAGCAGGACCAAGAGAAGCUGCGCUGUGACUUUGAGAUCCUGGUGGUCCCCUGGAAGAACUCCUCCCAACUCCUGAAACACGACUGCGUGCCCCUCUAGACCCCUGGCGGCGAACCUGGCGUGGGAGCGUGGGAGCGGCGCACGGGUGGAGGGCACGGGGGGCCGCGGGCUGUGUCUGUUGCAAUAAAUCGCUGGUAUUGCUUCUUG